CAAAACUUCAUUACCACUACUUCAUUUUCAUGCAAACUUGCACAACACAAAAUCAACCAAAAAAAUGGCAAUCUCAAAUUCAACAUUUUUCACAACCACCCUUUCCCUUUCCAUGUUCCUCCUCCUCUCACUUCCAUCGCCGUCGCUCGCCGCGGCCAAGUGCAACGCAAAUGACAAAGCUGCCCUUCUACAGAUCAAAGCAGCCAUGAACAACGCCUAUCAUUUUGCCUCAUGGGAUCCAAACACCGAUUGUUGCUCGUGGUACGAUGUGACUUGCGACUCUUCCGGCCGUGUGAUUAGACUCGAAAUUUUUGACGAUACCGAUGUCACCGGCUCAAUCUCGCCGGCUAUUGGCAACCUCGUUUAUCUCCAAGAGAUAGACAUAAACGCCCUCCCAAAGCUGUCCGGAAGUAUCCCUUCAACCAUCACAACACUUACCCGUCUCACGUUUCUCCGGCUCAAAGGUAACAACCUCUCCGGCCCCAUUCCGACCGCCCUGGGCAACCUCAACAAGCUUACUUUCUUGGACUUGUCGUCUAAUUCAUUAACCGGUUCGAUUCCAGCUUCGGUCACUAAGCUGACAAACCUCGAUGGGUUUGACUUUUCAAACAAUAGCCUUUGCGGAGCGAUCCCGCAAGGUGGAAAGCUUCAGAGCUCCGGCACCAGUCCUUAUGACAAUAACAAGUGCUUGUGUGGUAAUCCUCUUCCUGCAUGCAGCUAAGAGGAUGUUUUAUUAUCAUUAUGCGGGCAAAUUGUGAAAAAUUGUCGCAUAUGUUGCAAUAAAUCUCAAUAAGCAUCCACAUAGAUCAAAGGUUAUAGAUUUUGAUACUCAUAAGUUUAAGUUGUACCGCAUGGAUGUUACAUUUUGUGCAAUACGAUUGUUACGCUUCUGCGUGAGAAUUUAGAAAACUGCAAAAAAAUCUAUCUUUAGCUAUAUAUGGUCUUAGCUGCUCCGAUAUGAAAUAAAAUACUUGUAGUUGGAAGGCGCAGUUCUGAGGAAUUUUUUUUUUAAAAAAACCGUCUCAUUAAUUGCAAGUAUGACAGUUCUUUUUUCUUUUUUUGAAAAAGGGCAAGUAUGACAGUUAAGUUAAAAGAUUAUUAUUUUUUAAUAAUAUUUUUUCCAUGAAGGAUAACAAUCAUAUCAAUAUUA